AUGGAUCCAUACCUGCUCAUGUGGGGACUGCUCACGUUCAUCACGGUGCCUGGCUGCCAGGCAGAGCUCUGUGACGAUGACCCGCCAAAAAUCACACAUGCCACAUUCAAAGCCGUGGCCUACAAGGAAGGAACCAUGUUGAACUGUGAAUGCAAGAGAGGUUUCCGCAGAAUAAAAAGCGGGUCACCCUAUAUGCUCUGUACAGGAAACUCUAGCCACUCGUCCUGGGACAACCAAUGUCAAUGCACAAGCUCUGCUGCUCGGAACACAACAAAACAAGUGACACCUCAACCUGAAGAACAGAAAGAAAGAAAAACCACAGAAAUGCAAAGUCAAAUGCAGCUGGCGGACCAAGUGAGCCUUCCAGGUCACUGCAGGGAACCUCCACCGUGGGAAAAUGAAGCCACAGAAAGAAUUUAUCAUUUCGUGGUGGGGCAGACGGUUUACUACCAGUGCGUCCAGGGAUACAGGGCUCUACACAGAGGUCCUGCUGAGAGCAUCUGCAAAAUGACCCACGGGAAGACAAGAUGGACCCGGCCCCAGCUCAUAUGCACAGGUGAAACGGAGCCCAGUCAGUUUCCAGGUGAAGAGGAGCCUCAGGCAAGCCCCGACGGCCUUCCUGAGAGUGAGACUUCCCGCCUCGUCACAACAACAGAUUUUCGAAUACAGACAGAAGUGGCUGCAACCAUGGAAACGUUCAUAUUUACAACAGAGUACCAGGUAGCAGUGGCCGGCUGUGUUUUCCUGCUGAUCAGCGUCCUCCUGCUGAGUGGGCUCACCUGGCAGCGGAGACAGAGGAAGAAUAGAAGAACAAUCUAGAAAACCAAAAGAACAAGAACUUCUUGGUAAGAAGCCGAGAACAGACAACAGAAGUCAUGAAGCCCAAGCGAAAUCAAAGGUGCUAAAUGCUCGCCCAGGAGACAUCCCUUGUGCU